GAUAACUAAUUUAACAGAUGUUCAAAAUUCCGCCCUCAGAACUGCGCUUCUCUUAUCACUUCGUCAUACACAAGAAGAAUUCAUUCCUCCAAUGGCUGCUCUCAGGCUCAGCUUCAACUCCACAAGAAUCAAACAUCCCAUCACCAACUCCAACUUCACUUCUCCUACCAAAAUUCCAUUUUCUGAUUUCUCCACACCCCACAAAAACUUGAGGAAUCUCCAUUUUCGACCACCUCGUUCUGUCUCUGAAAGUUCGGUUUCUUCCACCCCUUUACCGACUGAAACUGGACAAACUAAAAUUCCUGAUGAUGAUGAAGAAUCUGAUGCUGAUGAUGACCCCACCGCCGAAUUGUGCUAUCUCGACCCGGAAACUGAUCCUGAGAGCCUCACGGAGUGGGAGGUGGAUUUCUGCUCUAGGCCGAUUCUUGAUAUCAGGGGGAAGAAGAUUUGGGAGCUUGUGGUUUGCGAUAAUUCUCUUUCGCUUCAGUAUACCAAGUAUUUCCCUAACAAUGUGAUUAACAGUGUCACUCUUAAGAAUGCUAUUGUUUCCAUUUGUGAUGAACUAGGCGUGCCUUUACCAGAGAAAAUUCGAUUUUUCAGGUCGCAAAUGCAGACAAUUAUAACAAGGGCUUGUAAUGAGCUUGGUGUAAAGCCUAUUCCAAGUAAACGGUGUUUAUCACUACUUCUGUGGCUGGAAGAACGCUAUGAAACUGUGUACACACGACAUCCUGGUUUCCAGAAAGGGUCAAAGCCACUUCUUUCACUUGACAAUCCUUUCCCAAUCGAACUUCCUGAGAAUCUUUAUGGAGAAAAAUGGGCUUUUGUGCAGUUACCAUUUUCAGCUGUUCAAGAGGAGGUGUCAUCCUUGCGGACUAGAUUUUCUUUUGGUGCAAGUCUAGAUUUGGAUCUUCUAGGAAUUGAAGUUGGUGACAAGACAUUAAUUCCUGGACUUGCAGUUGCAUCUUCACGAGCCAAACCAUUAGCAGCAUGGAUGAAUGGUCUAGAAGUCUGUUCGAUUGAAGCUGAUACAAGCCGGGCUUGUGUGGUUUUAUCCGUUGGGAUCUCAACACGCUAUAUUUAUGCAACAUACAAGAAAACACCAGUGACUACUAAAGAAGCUGAAGCCUGGGAAGCAGCAAAAAAGGCAUGCGGAGGCUUACACUUUCUUGCUAUUCAAGACGAGUUGGACUCAGAUGACUGUAAUGGAUUCUGGCUCUUACUAGACUUGCCACCUCCACCUGUAUGAAAGUACCAUUUUCUUUGUACACUUUAAUACUGAGCAGGAUUGCAUACUAGUGAAUAGGUGGUUGAACUUGUCCGACUGGAAUGUCAAAUUCUUGCUUUCCCUUUUGUUUCUUA